CACUCGAGUGGUUAGGUUAACGCAUAUUGUUGUAUUUUAAUUCUUGCAACGCGGCACAUACGCGGCGUCAAAAUUUCGCACUUUUUUCAACAAUGAAUAUCGUGACCUGCAAAGCGCCUGUAAAUAUCGCCGUAAUUAAGUAUUGGGGCAAACGAGAUGAGGAUUUAAUUUUGCCGAUUAAUGAUUCUAUCAGCGUAACGCUGCACACUGAUCACCUCUGCGCAAAAACCACAGUAAUGACGAGCCCAGAUUUUAAGGAAGAUCGCAUCUGGUUGAACGGAAGUGAGGAGUCCAUCGAUAAUAAGAGACUGCAAAACUGUUUGAAAGAAAUAAGGAAGCGUGCGAAGCUGGGAGGUGACGUUGGAUCUUGGAAAGUUCAUAUCUGCUCGGAAAAUAAUUUUCCAACUGCUGCUGGUCUUGCUUCCAGCGCCGCAGGUUACGCUUGCUUAGUCGCUGCUUUGGCAGGGCUUUACAAUGUCGAGGGCGAUAUCAGCGCGGCUGCACGAUCUGGUUCCGGAUCCGCUUGCCGCAGCGUCUUCGGAGGAUUCGUACGUUGGUAUUCGGGGUCUAAACCGGAUGGCAGCGACAGUAUAGCGAAGCAAAUCGCCGCCCCAGAGCACUGGCCAAUGAGAAUCCUCGUUUUGGUUGUAAGCGACGCUACCAAGAAAGUUUCCAGUGCUAUCGGGAUGAAGCGGAGCGUUGCGACAUCCGAGCUGCUUAAAUACCGGGCUGAACAUUCGGUGCCGCGAAGAGUGGAAGCAAUGACUAAAGCUAUAAUUGAUAAGGAUUUCGCAAAAUUUGCGGAACUCACAAUGAAAGACUCCAAUCAGUUUCACGCCACCUGCCUCGAUACAUUUCCACCUUGCGUCUAUAUGAACGACACUUCACAUGCUAUUGUCGAAGUUAUUCACGCGUACAAUGCAGCCGCUGGAGAAACGAAGGUAGCCUAUACCUUUGACGCAGGUCCCAACGCUACCCUGUAUCUCUUGGAAAAAGAUGUUCCGGAAGUUAUCAGUAUUCUAAACUAUUAUUUUCCCACAAUUGGUGGAGGUCAUAUCGGCGUCGAGUAUCUGAGAGGAAUUCCUGUACAACCGACGGUCGUUUCAGAGGAUUUCUUACGUCGGAUUGACGCCAAGCGACAAAGCCCGGGAAAAGUGAAAUGUAUCAUUCACACGUGUGCUCGUGAUGUAGAACUGAUCGAUAAAUAUGGAGUGAUAACUAGCCUUUUUGGUGCCUGUAUUCACAAAAGGGAUACUAGACCAGUACAAGAAAUAGUUGAGGAAAUAAUAGGACACUUCGUAGAGUACGAAGAAGAAUUGGCAAAACGGGGAACAAUAUUCUUUGGAGGAACUGAACCAGGGAUGCUGGACGUUUUGAUGUGGCCGUGGGUAGAACGGGCUAAAGCACUUCCACUGGCUUUUGACCAGCCAUUGAAUUUCGACAAAGAAAAGUUCCCGCACCUCAUGAAAUGGAUAAACGGUAUGAAAGGCCAGAAGUUUGUACAAGAAAAUUUUGGAUCUUUCGAAGCAUUUGCCAAAGUUAUCAAAGCUCAGGAUGACGUUGAUUAUGAUAGCAUUUAAAGUAAUUCCUCAACUAGAAGAUUUCAUUAAUUUUCUAUAAAGCAUGUGAUAUUCGUAACUGUCUUCGAUUAACUAACAUGAUACUCAUGACAAUAAAAUAUCAAUAGAACUAA